CACCCGAAUCUCCUCCCGAGGGACGAUGGAGCCCUGGAUCCUCCUGCUCGGGGCUGGGGUCGCCCUGGGCUGCGUGUCCGGCCAUCUGUACGCGGCCCCCGGCGAGGAGGGCGAGUGUCAUUGUCACCGCGGGGGUGACACCGGGCACGACGGCUGCGGGGAGCGCGAGAGGCGCUGCGGGCCCGGUGGGGAAGGGGCCGAGGACGGAGCUGGAGCCCGCGCCGGAUUUUCCAGCCGCCGCGCUCCCAUCACGGACCAGGAGCUGCUGGAUCUGUCGGAGCAGCUUUACGAGCUGGAUCACAACAAAGCCCGGCCCGGCGACAUCGCGCUCAGCCCGCAGCACCGCGCGGGUCCCGACGAGACCGGCGACAGACGGGACCGGUCCCCGCAGCCGCUCUACAAGUUCGUGAACGAGGAGCUGUUCUCCAAACCCACCUACGCCAGCUUCAUUAAGCUGCUGGAUAAUUACCAGCGGGCCACGGGCCGCGAGGAGGAGGUGACGGCCGAGGAGCUGCGGGAGCAGGAUCGAUUCCUCCAGGAGGUGAUGGAGACGGAGCUGAUGAGGAAACUGCUCGUGUUCCUGCAGGGAAAAGGUCUCUACAGCUCCGAGCAGGAAUUCCUGCAGGAUUUGAAGGAAAUGUGGUUCGGGCUCUACUCCCGAGGGGAUGGAGAGCGCGACUCCAGCGGCUUUGAGCACGUGUUCUCAGGGGAGGUGAAAAAGGGAAAAGUGUCGGGAUUUCACAACUGGAUCCGCUUCUACCUGCUGGAAAAGCAGGAGCUGGUCAACUACUACAGCCACAACUUCAACGGGCCGUGGGACUCGUUCCCGGCCGUGCUGGGGCUGCAGUUCAGCUGGGACGGGUUCUACAAGGAGGUCGGCUCGGCCUUCAUCGGCUCCAGCCCCGAGUUCGAGCUCGGCCUCUACUCCCUUUGCUUCCUGGCACGGCCGGGCCGGGCGUGUCACCUGAGCCUGGGCGGGCACCGCCUCCGCCUGCAGACCUUCCCCUGGGGCGGGGCCGGGGCCAGCGACGGCCGCCGCCUGAUCGCCACGGCCUACGUGAUGUCACCCUGAGCGGCGGGGGCAGCGGGGCGAGCGACAGCGGCCGUGGGG